GACCCACAUGUGAGACUGCUCCAUAAGAAAGUUCUAAUGCCGGAAAUUCUUUCAGCUAUUGGCAUUUGUAAAGAAAAAAAAAUUUUGUGUGUGUGCAAAUUUAUGAAUUAUAAGUGUAAUUGUUUUCACAUGGAUAUGUUGCACAGUGAUGAAUUCAGAGCUUUUACUGUGCCUAUCACCCAAAUAAUAUAUAUUGUACCCAUUAAGUAAUUUCUAAUCAGCACUGCACUCUUUGCCCUCUCUCUUUUUAUUUUGGUAAAGAUAAUUACAGGAAGGAAGCUGGUAAUUUUCCCUGACGAAGAAAAUCAGAAUCGAAAGCUAAAAACAUUGAUGGGUGGAGUCUCAACAUUGUUUCACAACUCCUUUCUGCCUGGAGCCAUUGUAAAGUAUGAAACAGCCAGCGUUAGUCAAGUUAUCAAGUGACUCUAACCAGGGCAUUUUUUUUCCUUGUUGUCUUUAGAAAUACUUUGUUUUCUUAGCAUUUCAGGAGAUUACAACAUCCUGCAGCUCAGUUUCUGAGAGCUUUUUUUACUGAUUUCUCUCUCUACUGAAAACAAGCAUUGAUUCCUGCAUUUCUGAAAACCUCAAGAUCUAGACUACUGUUGAAGAAAUUUGCAGUGAGGCCUGAUUAGGUUACCUAUCAGGGCAACUAAAAUUUGCCAUGUAAACAAGUUCCAGCCUCAUCAAAAAAAAUUUGGAUCUAGAUGUCUUUUAACGACUGAGAUGGGAAAUCAACGCGGGAAGAUUAUUCUACUUAAAGUAUUAGACGAACUCGACGUUGAUCAGUUUAAAAUGAUUAAGUUCUUACUGUCCGACAUCAUCAAGCUGAGUGAUAAAAUGCAAGAAGAAUAUGACAAAGUAAAGAUUGCUAACUUGAUGGUAAAAAGGUUCCCCCGUGACGCCGGUGUGGACAAACUUAUACAACUCUGCAAAGAUAUACCAGCAUUCCAAGGACUUGUUGAAACUCUUAAAGAGUCGAAAGUUGCAAAAAAAGUUAAGUCCACACCAGAAAAAGGAACAACCCCCUCAAAAAAGAGCAAGCAAAAAGAAGAGGGUCCUUCUACACUUGCGCCCUUCACAGGCACAUGUGGAGCAGAGGUGACCCCUGGACCUCAGAAAAGAAAAAGCACAGCCAAAGGAAAGGAUGGGACCAAAAGGAGUAAGGUGUCGAAGGAGCAACCUCAGUCUCCGUGUCCUGUAGGAGCCAGUGUGUCCACAGCCAUGGGACCUCCCCAGACCUCAUCAGCUCCAUCCAACACUUUCCCACCUAAGAACCCAAAACCACAGGCCAACUCUGGGGUAACCGCCAGAAGACCUGAGCUCCGAAAGGGCCCGACGGUGGUGAUGGUGCUGAGUGCAGCGGACCCGUUUGCAUAUGAGUCCUCAGAAAAGGAGAUAAAAAAAAUGUUUCAUGCCACAGUGGCUACAGAGAAACAGUUCUUUCAUAUGAAAGUUUUCAACAUCAAAUUGAAGAGAAUAUUCACCAGAAAUAGAAUUAUCAUUUUGUCAGAUUAUUUUGAAUCUGACCAUCUCCUAGAGGUGAAUGAAGCCUCCUCUGUAUCUGAAGCUGGUCCUGACCAAAAGAUUGAGGUCCCAAACAACAUCAAAAAAAGAGCAAAGGAAACCCUGCCUAUUGGUAUUAUUAAAAGGCAAGCUUCUGGAACUAUUGUAUAUGGAUUAUUUACACUACAUAAGAAAACAGUAGAUAAGAACAACACAAUCUAUAAAAUUAAGGAAGAUGAAGAAGAAAUGGAAGUGGUGGGGAAAGGAAAAUGUCACAAUAUUCACUGUGAAGAAGGAGAUAAACUUCAACUCUUCUGCUUUCGACUGAGAAAGAAGAACGAUACAUCAAAACUGAUUUCUGAAAUACAUAGUUUUAUUCAGGUAAAGCCAAAAGCAAACCAGACAAAAUUUGAUUUGAAGACCAUGAAACCUUUCGAGGAGCAGAGCGAGGCUCCAAAACAUUCAGAGGCUCGCACAACCCUGACUCACAGCCAACCCUGGUCUCCUCAGAUGCCUCCAGCAGCCCCAUCCAGAACUUUCGUAUGUGAGGCAAAGCCAAAAGCAAACCAGAGAAAAUCUGAUUCAGAGACCAUGAAACUUUUUAAGGAGCAGAGCGAGACUCCAAAAUAUUCAGAGACCGGCACAACCCCGACUCAGAGCUAUCCCUGGUCUCCUCAGAUGCCUCCAGCAGCCCCAUCCAGCACUUUCGUAUUUAAGAAGGAAGAAGCCGUCCCAGGAGCAGAAACAUCCUCUGCAAGCUUCAGAGGCAGUACAGCAACUGCACCCCGUGGGUAUCCUUACAUGGCAUAUCAAGCAUCCGAGUUCAGCCGUUUCUUAAACCAGGGCAACAUGGAUAAGGAUACCAAAGAACCAUUCAAGCCAAAGUUCACCUAAUGUCCUCCUCCUAAAAACCUGGAUUCCAUUGAUAAUGAUGUUUAUGGAGAUAAGAUCUAAGUGCAAAAAAAAAAGUUUAAAUAUAUAUAUACAUACACACACCCACUGAAAUAUAACAGGAUAUAAACCAGAUAUUAAUUCUAGAGAAUAGGGUGUUAAGGGUGCCUUUUCUUUUGUUCUUUUUACAUUUUUGUUUUUUCUUAUCAAUUUUUACAUUUACAAAUUUCAUAAUUUGAAAAAAAAAAUAAACAUUUUUUUUCCUAAAAGAGUACUUCCCCAGCAGUUUCUUUAAUCCAUUUGUGAGUUGCUUAAAAACAAAUAGUUUGUAGCUUGCCAACCAAGGUGGGGCACAAGGGCCUCAAACAAUGUCUGGACUUCUGUAUUUGGUGUGAUCUUCACAGGGUUAGCCCCUGGUAGAGAAUGAACCAGCUGUGUCCUGCCCACAGAAACCAGGCUGAGGGGCAGGUAGGGGUGACGCCCAGCCUGUGCUUUAAUUGUCAAGCCCUGUGUCCUGGGAAGGGGUUGCUUUAGCCCAGAGCAAGGGAAAUUCUUUCAGAAUUGGUUUCCUGCAGAGGGCAUAAAGGGGUAGUUUGUCAGCCAAAUGGGGCAUCUUCUGGUGAUUUGCAUGAGUGUACUUGUAUGUUAGAAGAAUUUCUGGCCCUGUCUGAUGUGAAAUACCUGGUUUCAUUCAUUUCUUCAAGUACCAGUA